AUGUGGAGGCUCAAGUCGUGCAGAGCGAUGCUUAGUAUCAAGAAGCUGCUGCGGCGGCGGCGUAGGGGGUCGAGGUUCCGGCGGCUGAAGAGGGGCGGCGGCGUGCCGGGGGACGUGAAGAAGGGACAUUUCGCGGUGGAGGUGAAGAAUAGUAACGGCGGCGACGAAGUGACGAUGACGACGACGGCGAGGAGAGUUGUGGUUCCGCUGCGGUGUCUGAAGAAUCCCCAUUUUGUGAGGCUGUUGGAUCAAGCCGCCGACGAGUACGGGUUCCGGUGUCAAGGUACCGUCACGGUUUGCUGCCGGCCGGCCGAUUUGGAAACGGUUUUGGCUUUCUGCUAA